UUGGCAGUUUGCGUUUUCACCUCGCAGGUUGUUGAUUGUAAUAAUUCGUUUUUCUGUUGUUUCAGAUAGAACAAAAUGGCUGUAAUAGUAGACUUAAUGCAAACUGUAAAUAACUUCUUGAACAAACACCAAGAUCAAAGGACCGCAAACUGGUUCUUAAUGUCAAGUCCUUUUUAUACGUUAGGAGUAUGUUUAUUAUACGUAAUAUUUGUAAAGAUAAUAGGACCAAAGUUAAUGGAAAAUAGGAAACCAUUCAAAUUGCAAAAUACGCUUGUAUAUUACAACCUGUUCCAGGUAUUAUUCAGUACAUGGUUGUUUUAUGAGAUUGGAAUGGGCGGAUGGUUCACAGGAGAAUACAGCUUUAGGUGUCAACCGGUAGACUAUUCGAAUAAGCCGAGUACGUUAAGGAUGGUGCGAGCCUCAUGGUGGUAUUUCUUUUCAAAAUUCACAGAAUUCUUCGAUACGAUAUUCUUUGUGCUGAGGAAGAAAAAUCAGCAAAUUACAACACUUCACGUCAUCCAUCAUGGUGUGAUGCCCAUGUCAGUAUGGUUUGGAGUUAAAUUUACUCCAGGUGGCCAUAGUACAUUCUUCGGUUUCCUUAACACGUUUGUCCACAUCAUCAUGUACACCUACUAUAUGUUAAGUGCGAUGGGACCUGAAGUUCAAAAGUACCUGUGGUGGAAGAAGUACAUCACUACAUUGCAAAUGAUCCAGUUCGUCGCCAUCAUGGUCCACGCUUUUCAACUCCUCUUCACCGAAUGCAACUACCCUCGCGCGUUCGUCUGGUGGAUCGGUAUGCACGCAGUCAUGUUCUUCUUCCUCUUCAAAGAGUUCUACAAUGAGGCUUACAUCAGGAAGAAGCAAGCUGCGGCUGCGGCAGCUCUGAAGCUCGCCCGGACCGGAAACGGCGUCUGCCAAAAUGGCGACGCGAAGUUACAAAAUGGCGACGCGAAGCUACAAAAUGGCGCCAUAAAGCUACAAAAUGGCGUCAAUGGAUACGCGAAAGCGCCUGCGCAGAACGGAUCAGCUGUCACCAGUGUCAACGAUUAUUAUGUAAACGGAGUCAAUCAGAGGAUAAAAGAGGAAUGAUGCGGUUAUAGUUUCUAUGAAAUUGAGACUUUUUUAUAUAGUGAUUUAGUGUUGGGACAUUAUUUAUUUUGUUUCUAGCAAUUUGCUCAAUUUUUAUAAGCCUGUUACUGUCUUCGGCGGUUUGUGGAUGAGGAAAAUGGGUAUAGUGUAGGAGUUAGUCUCCUUUGGAUAACAAGAACUGUAGAUCAAUUUGAAAUGAUAUUGGAAUGGCCAUAAUGCUAUUUUUGACUUUUGACGAUUUAUUACUACUGUUGUAUCGUCUUCUGUUUUCCAAUUUUGUUAGUUCUGUGGAUCCUACAUUAGAGUGAUAUUUUUACUAUACAGAGUUGUACAAAAGUCACUCUUCAAUAUUACAUACGGUAAAAAAUAUUGUGCAAAACCCCAGCGCUAUUUCUUUUGGAACAUACAGAUUGGGGCAUGAAAAAAGACCGAGAGAUAUUGACUUGCCAUUAAAUGUUGAAUUGAUGAACCGAGAAGAACAUUCUAGUAACAUAAAAAUCGGUGAUAGGCCCUUUUGCUUUUAUUUAAGCCCUCAAGGCAUUUUGGGAUUGUCUAUUCUUUGAGAUCCAUAAGUUCUGGUCUAACAGUUCAGAAGCCUUACGGAAAUUACCUUUCUUGACAACGGACACUGGCCUCCCAAUGUCUAGAGUGGCUCCAUUUCAAGGAGUUUAGAUCUCCGAACAAUAUAUUAGAUUUUAUACAAAAGACGGCAAUUCAAUUAUUAAAUGAAAUCAGUCUUUGUACAACUCUGUACUUCCUAAUAUUGCCAUAACAUAACAUGCUGUUCUUUGUAACCAUUUUACAAUUUCAUCCCAUACAGUUUCUUAUUCUUGAUCUUCCUGGACUUGAGGGCGUUAUAGAUGUCGCGCAAUGUGCUUUUUAUGAACUCUGCAAAUGAAAUCAGUCAAUUCCGACAUUGAACGUCAGCUCGGGCUAGUACAUACAGCACAUUCAGUGUCAAAAAUGACAAAAUCCCAGCGAGAUCUGAUUACAUUUGGUUUUUAGACACUGAAUGGACUUUAUAUGAGCGUUGUGGUAUUGAAUAUAUAAAAGUUUACUGUCGCGUAGCGUAACUAGCGGGUAACAGUAGUCAGUUUACUUAUAUGGUGCUAGUCAGAUCUCCACGUUAGGGCCUGCGUCCACAUGUCCGCAUCGCACAUAACAGUGCAAUGCAGACCUAUGGACACGUACAAUUAAUAUCCAACAUACGAUCAUGUGGAUUGUAGAUAAAGAUAUUACUUGGUGGAAUAAGUAUGCAGACAGUCGUGGUGCACAUCUAAAUUAUUACACUUUAAAUUCAAAAAGGGGCCUUUCAUCUGUACAAGUUAUGCAGUCAAUUAUAUAUUUUUAGAAUAUAUGAAAAGUGGUUUAGUAUAGAUAUCUCUUUUGGAGAUACCAAAAGUGUGCAGCAGUCAUUCAUUAAUAAAUAUUAAUUCUUGUCUGAUGUGACACGUUGACAAGUACAACAUUUCCUUUACAUAUUUUCCAAUAAACAAAAGUUAGAUCCUUAUCUUUGACAGAAUAAGCCUUAAUAGAAUCUUUGACCUUUGACGCCUAGUUACGCUGUUAACACUUUGGACAUAUUGUUUUGUAUAUAUCUUUUAUUUUUUAAUUCAGUAUUAAAUUUACAGUGCCAUUUCAAGCUUUUAAACAAUAGGAACAAUACAAGUGUUCAGUACUCUUUCUGCAUCACAGACAACAUUUGUUAUGCACAUAAAUAUUAUGUCAUAUUUAACUAUUGAGAAGGUAUAUAGUCUGGUUCAUAGUGAGUUAGGUUACAGAUAGUCCAUGCACAAUAUAUUUUUGGAACAAAAAGAAAUGCACUGAAACUUUAUUACUUCUUAUUAAAAAAAUCUAGUCCAUCGAAACGAUUGAAUUUCCAGUCUAACAUAGCAUUUUCAAACGUUUCUACUGGAACCUUCGGUAUUCGACCCUCACUGCACUUAUAUUGUUGAAUAUUUUUUGUCUUUUGAAAAAAUAUGAACAAAUAUUCAAAACGAUCAAAACAAGCCAUUUUCUAAAAUAUCAUCUCUUAUUUUAAAAAUAGUUUUAAUAAAUUACCUCGAAAUUCUUUGGUACUUUGAAGUUUUGGGAGGCUUACAUCUCUACUGAUAUUUUUGCUAUGAGUAUAAGUUUGCUGCAAAAAUAUGCUUUUACCUUCAGGAGACUUUCAUUUGUCGUUUAGAAGCAAAAGUGUAGCAAUGACCACACGCAUUUGGGAACUUUUCGCAGACACACACUCUCACAGAAAAUAGUAGUCUUUUUAACAACAUACCUAAUUUCUGAAAUAGUAUUGAUAUAAUUUUGAACCGACAUAGUAUUUGUGAUUAUUCUUUGAAGCCAAUCAGUGCGAAGUUUUAAGCGUGCGCUGUUUUUGAGAUCAUUUAGCAUUUAAGUUAGAUUGUGUCUCCAUUUUGAAGAAUAGAUCAGUUGCCAUGUAAGUUCCACUAAAACAACCAGCCAUCAUAGUACCAACUCGCCCGUAAAAAUACGAGAAAACAUGCAACGCACGUGAUUUUGUUGAUGUAGAUGACAGUCUUCUCACGCGCUCGAAAUAUUUUUUUUGUUAUAUAUUUUUUAGCAUACAAAAAGAAUCUAGAGGUCUUGAAUGGUAUAAAAUAUUGUUGUCUACGGAUAUGGUUAAAAUUGUUGUAUGAUCUUUUAUAUCUUUUAGAUGAUAUAAUAUUGUUGUACUAAAUGUAUUUUUAUACUUAAUAUUAAUAAAAAAAUAUUAUAGUUAA